ACAAUUUUAACUAAAACGGCUUAAGGACCUUCAUAUGCUAACCGAUUGGAAAAAAGGCCUCCUUUCACUUUAUUCUCGGAUAAAAUAUAUUAGUGAAGAGUAUAAAUAUUUUUUUGGAAUGCAAAAAUGAAUAAUGAUUAAUUUUUGACUAAUUCAGAAAGUUAUAUUUUAAGAAUUCAGAAUGCAUCUUACGCAUCAUGGUGGGGACCCUCAAAUGGAUACGUUAAGGAAAUCAAAAGCUCAGGAGUUUGGAGAUCUUAUGCAAGCUCUGCUGGAACGAAAGGGAAAAUUUCAAAUAAUUUUAAUUAUUUUGCUCUCUUUAAAUAGUAUGCUUAUUGGCAUUAACCACACUAUAACCACAUUUCACGCCUACGUACCGAAGUUCUAUUGUCGCGAUCACAUUAAUUACACUUGCGGUUAUUUCGUCAAUGGUACUGAAUGUCCGAGUGGUUACCAUUUUGAUGAGAAUGACGACACUACUUUAGCUGUGGAGUAUAGCACAGUAUGCAGACGAGCAAUGUUGGCGCCACUUAUUAACAGUUUAUAUUUUGUUGGCGUAACAUUAGGAUCAAUAGUGUGCAGUAGCAUGAGUGAUGUUUAUGGCCGUAGAAAGCUUGUAAUUGCAUCAUUAUACGGUCAAGCUAUUAUGGCUUUAGCUCAAUACGUUUCCACUCACCUGAUGCUAUUUAUUGUAUUUCGCCUAAUGCAAGGAUUUUUCAUACAAGGCCUGCAGACCGUUUCUUAUGCAUUAAUCAUGGAAUACAGCCCCUCACGUUUUCGCACUGUUGCUGCAACUUAUUGGGAAUCCAACUGGGCCAUUGGGUUAGGUAUAUUGGGCGCAGUUGCAUACUUUGUACGCGAUUGGCGAAUGCUAACUUUAGUGUUGACACUGCCUGUUUUUCUUACGUUAUCAUAUGUCUGGUACAUACCAGAGUCAAUUGUUUGGCUUUCAACGAAAGGUCGAUGCACUGAAGCUACUAGAAUCAUUCAUAAAAUUGCGAAAUUUAAUCGGAACGAUGAAGUUGUGCAACAAUGCAAUUCUCUUAUUCUUACUGAAAAGGAUCAACCAACAGAUACGGCAUCAGGCGGUAACGACUCAAAUGUACCGCAGCAAAAAAUAACCAUUGGAGCGCUAAUGAAAAAUAAGAUUUUGCGCAAGCAUUUGUUGUCCAUGAUUUGCGUCUGGUUUAGUGUAACUUUAUCGUACUAUGGCAUUUUAUAUUUCUUACCAAAUUUGGCUGGUUCUCGCCAUCUAAAUUGGGAAUAUGGCGCUCUGAUAGAACUCUUGUCGUACAUAAUGUCUUAUUUUAUAUUUGCGGGUUUCGGCAGACGUUUACCGAUGGCUUUCUUGCAAUACUGUAAUGGAGGGCUGAUUUUGUUUAUGGCUAUUCUAUCUGCUCUGCCUGCAGGCAGCUACAGUCAAUGGUGGAUUGUAGCUACUGCGCUAACUGCCAAGGGCUUAGCUGUUUCCAGCUUUUGCGGUAUGUUUAUAUUUGGUAGUGAGCUAUUACCGACCGCUUGUCGGGGACUCGGCUUGGGGUUAUGCGGAUGCUCAGCCCGUACGGGAUCUUUGCUUGCUCCUCAAUUGAUGGCUUUGAUUGGUAUUCUCCCCACUUUUGUGCCAUUGUCCAUUAUGUCCGGAUUGUUGGUUCUGGCAGCAACAAUUACGUUAUUUUUGCCCGAGACCCUUUCGACGAUUCUGCCAAAUACCAUCGAGGAAGCUAAUCAAACAUGGGGCUCCCCGGAAAUUUAGAUACAAACAUAAUUCUAUAUUCGAAAGUUUUUUUUACGGUUUUUAUAAACCAAUCACCACAAAUUAAUUGAUAGGUGCAAUUUGGUACAAUUUUUAGAAAAUAAACCAGUAGAUAUCUUUAUUAUUGACCAAACAA